CAGUUGUUCUCUACGAUACAACUGAACACGUUCUCAUCAAACCUUGAGACUCAGCUCAGGGUAGGACUUGGAGCUGUGGCAGGUUUAUCAUGAGUCCUCUCACCAAAACCAAACUGAUAAAUACGUCCAGCGAGGUGAUUUGAAGGAGAAAUUUGGAACAACCAGUAUUCACAACAGAGGUUUGGUGAUUGAUUGAUUGAUACCGAUGCAUCUGGUUUGCUCCGACCAGAUCAGCUGGAACCAAAAUAACGAAGACGACUGCCAGCAAACCACACAUCUGACGAAGACGAUGGAUAAUCCGAACUUCAAGUCUGAGGAUCAGCAACAUGGUGGGGCUCAUUCUAAUGGUCUUAGGAGCAAUGGCGGAGCUUCAGGAACAGCCACCACCCUUGACCUGGAAAACCCUCCGGUCCAGGCUCCCAAAAAGCAACCGGGAACUGUUAAAAAAUCCUACAAGAAGGUCAAAUCUGGACUUCAAUCAAACAGGGUCACAACCAAAUUUUUCCCCCCUCAGGGGGAAGUAUCAACAGUCUUAACAAUCACCCUGACUGUGAUUGCGGUCUUCUUCGUGGCAAGAACAGUUUUGGGACCGAUAGCGGGGCCCGGUGGCACAAUAUUUGCUCUUCUAGUACUCAUCUUAUUCGCACUGAUAGGAGGGAUGGCGGUUAAGAUGCUGGGAAUGGGUAUAUCAUGUUUGUGCGGGGUUGAUAUCAGGUUACCGCCCCUCCUGGGAAUGCUUAUUGUUGGAAUUGUGAUGAAGAAUGUUCCCUACAAUAUCGGGCAGUUUGGAAGAGAAGAAUGUCAAGGAAACAGAUCUGUUCAGUUUGCAGAUAGUCUUAACGAUCUGGACUUAAACUCUACAGAUUUCAAGGAAAAGCUCAUGGGGUUUGAUGUAAACAUAGAGAAAUAUGGAGUUCUUCAUGAAUCAAUGGACCUUCCUGAAAAGAUGGGAAGCAAUGACUUUAAAACUGUUGGAGUAAACAGCAGGAGGAGAAGAAGUAGUGGUAGUCAUCCUGAACCAACACUUAUCCAAGAAAAAUAUGAUCCUUGCAGGAAGAAAUAUAUAGGUCAUGAAUUAGAUCCUCUGAUCUCCAGGAGUCUGAGAACUAUCUGUUUAACCGUGAUCCUUUUGAUGGCAGGACUUGAACUUGAUCCGGUAGCAUUGUGGAACCUUUCAGGAAUGGUUGUCCGAGCAACCUUUGUUCCAUGCUUUGUGGAAGCAAUAGCAGUUGCUGUAUUCUCAAACCUGAUUUUGGGAUUUCCAUGGAGUGUUGGAUUCAUGCUUGGAUUUGUUCUAGCGGCUGUAUCUCCAGCAGUCAUCAUCCCAAGCUUGAUGAACCUGUCUGAACGAGGAUAUGGAGUAGCAAAGGGUAUUCCUACUCUUGUUAUAGCCGCCUGUUCAGCAGAUGAUGUUGUGGCAAUCAGUGGAUUCGGAAUCUUCUUGGGGAUAACCUUCAAUGCUGAUGCUCCUGUCCUAGACCUAGCACUGCAUGGUCCAAUCGAGGUGGCAAUCGGUCUCUCAUUCGGAAUAGGUUGGGGAAUACUGGCACAAUGGAUCCCAAACCAACAUCAUAAAAAUAUGGUAUUCUUCAGGUUCCUAAUCCUCUUCUCCGGAGGUUUGAUAGCUCUCUUUGGAGCUGGUCUUAUUCACUACGAUGGCGCGGGAGGGCUGGCCGCAAUCAUCAUGGCAUUUGUAGCUGGUAUGCGCUGGAGGAAAGAAGGUUGGGGCGAUCAUAACCCGGUCUCAAAAACUUUCAGGAAGAUGUGGAUUAUCCUUGAGCCGGUCAUUUUUGCUCUCAUCGGAACGGAAAUCCAGAUUGAUAAGAUCGAUCCUGCAACCCUUGGUUUAGGGAUUCUAGUUCUUGUGCUGGCUCUCACCCUUAGAAUGAUCGGAACCUUCUUUGCUGUCAGCUGCGGAAAUCUGAACUUUAAAGAGAAGAUUUUCAUGGCGUUUGCCUGGCUGCCCAAAGCGACUGUUCAAGCUGCUCUAGGUCCCAUUUUUUUGGACAACGCUAUCAAGAACGGGUUGACUGAGUACAUUCCGAUGGGUGAACAGAUUCUAACCCUGGCUGUCCUCUCUAUCCUCAUCACAGCUCCCUUGGGGGCCAUCAGCAUCCUCGCACUCGGACCCAAGCUCCUUACCAGCAACAAGCUCGAGGCAGGUCUUCCAGUUCAUGCUGAGGACCAUGAUGUUCAUGAUGAGGAAGGGGAAGAGGAGGAAGAGCAUCAUUAAACAAACAUAUAUUUAUACAUGUACACUGUAGUUGUGUACACUUUACAACGUAGGUACCUUCUUUAACCACUUUUCAAGGUUGCUGCGUAUACCAGAUUAUUGAGAUUUUGUCCACUUGGAAAACUGGUAUAUUUUGUUUACCAACCCCCUCUUGUAGUUUGAAGGUUAAACUCACGUAUAUUCUACAUCUUAUAUAGGAUUUAAUCCCUAGAUUUGAGAUAUAUGGCUAUUUAUUAAUACAAAUACUACUGCUUAAAUACUGUAAAUGGAAACUGUAUAAAUGUAAAUUUUUGGUUUUUUAUCUCAAAGGUGAAAAUUGCUAUGGACUGUGCUCUGAGAUAAUUUGGUAAGCACGAAUAAACCAAUACCUAGCAAACCUUAA